AAUAUAUUUAAAUUGUGAAAUCUUAUCCUAAUGAUAAACUUUUCUUAAUUGUCUUUGUUACUUUUACCUUUAUUUUGACUUUUUAUAUGUUUUUUUAGAUUUACACACACAUACACGUAUAAUCAUUAAAACAAUACGUAAUGUGUUGCGCAAAAUAUGAAGCUCCUCUUUAUACAUAUAAAAAAACAAACCUUCAACAUUAUUUGCAUGAUGAAACAUAACUCAUGCAACUACGUUGGUAUACCGUCAAUCGUGAAAACUGAAAAGUUCUAUUUAACACAGCAACUUAACCAUGAAUAAGCACAAAAUUCAUUAUCGUUGCAAAUCGAAAGUAGAAACAUUUUUGCAUUGCAAAGCAAUACAACGUAGAGAUAUCCAAAUGUUGUAAGUUGCUCAAUAAAACAAUCUUCUUCACGCAUAAUUUUCUGUGUAAUUUUAUCGUUUUUGUACAUAAACAAUUGUUUUGGAAGUUGACACAAAAAUAUAUUUAUGACAUAUUUUUAAGAUAUUUUCAACAUGUAUACCUGCAUUAAUUGCAAAGAUCCUUAUUGUUGGAAUAAAAAGAACAUUAUAAUAACAAGUAAAUUUCGAAAUGUCUACUUUUACAUAAUUUCACAACCGGUUAAAGUUUUAGUUUCCUCCAUGAAUAAAUUAAACUUAAUUACAAUACCGUCGGCGUUGGUGAGGCUAAACGUUCAAAAGAAACUAUGACAGUCAGUAUCUAAUACUUGGAAGAAUUGUCGCUGUGAUGGAUCAUUGGGAAGGAAAAGUCGCAUUGGUCACUGGAGGGAGUGUCGGAAUAGGCGCAUCAAUUGCGAGAGAGCUUGCGAAAAAUGGCAUGAAAGUGAUUGCCGUCGCGAGAAGACUAGAGAAAUUGCAGGAAUUGGCAGCAAAUAUCAAAGACGAAUACAAAGCCGAUAUUUAUCCAAUGCAAUGCGACGUCCAAAAGGAAGAAGACAUCCUCAAAGUGUUCGAAUGGGCCCACGAGAAACUAGGAGGUGUUGAUGUAUUGGUUAACAAUGCCGGCGUGGUACAUCUUGAGACGAUUAUAGAGGGAAAAACGGAAAACUAUCAUAACAUUAUGAACGUGAACGUGGUGGCAGCGGCAAUUUGUUCACGAGAAUUGGUGCAAUCCGCCAAACGGCGCAAAAUCCCGGCUCACAUCAUUAAUAUCAGCAGUAUAGCAGCGCAUUGGCCUGAGAUAAUUAAUUUCCCAAUAAAUAUCUAUGCUGCCAGUAAAUCUGCUCUUAAUAGCAUGGCAGCAACUUUACGUAACGAAUUGAUAAACUCAAACCUUGAUGUAAAAGUCACGAACAUCACUCCCGGAACAGUAGAGACGGAUAUGAUAGAAUAUUAUGCAUCCUAUAUUAAAGAGAAUGAUAUCGGUGUUAUACUAGCUAAAGAUGUUGCAGAUAUGGUAGUUUAUGUUUUAAGUACGCCACAUCGCGUGCAGAUACAUGAAAUGAUUGUAGUACCGCAUAAAGCUUAGACUAAAGUUUCACCGUUGGUCUUUAAAUACUUGCACGUUUUGCUAUGAAAGUAUGAAAAACAUAAAAUGAUGAAGACUUUAUGAGAACAAUUUCCAAAAUUGGUGUAUGCGAAAUUAAACGAUAUAUGUAAUAUAAAAGGAUCACAUCGAUAAUCAGUCUAUUUAGUUGUCCUUCGCGCAUAUAUAAUGUAUACGCAUUCAUUAUAUAUGUAUAUGUAUAUAUCAUUAUGUAUGAUAAGAUAUUUCCACCGUUCUGUAUGAUAAGAAAAUGCGCUGUUGCAUAUGAAUAUAAAUGAAUCAUGAUAACAUGCAAUAAUAUUAUUAAAAUCAAAAGUCGAUGAAAAGAUAUUAGUAAAUAAUAACGGACCUUAAGAAAUAAAAGUAAAAAAGGAUAAUUAAGAAAUUCUUUCAUAAGGAUCACUUGUCACGAUUUAAGAAAUUAACAACAGGAAAUAAAGUAUAUAUUUUUACUUCCA